AUGAUUAAGUGUUCAUUAAUUAAUAUUUAUUUCUUAUGUACCUGGAUAUUGCCUGGCACUUCAGUAUUUAUUUAUUUAUUUAUACCAGUACAUACAGUUAAAGUUUUCGGUGGAAAUACUUCUGAUCAAUCUACUCGUGAUGCAGCUCAGUUAUGGGUUCGAACAACAUCUAAUGGUGAUAUACUUGUAUCAUUAUUAAGUGGUAUAGCAUUGUUUAAACAAUCCGAUUGGCAUUUUCGACAAAUAGUCAUUCGUGUUUGUUCAAUAUCGAAUUUUAUUCAUUUUGGUUGUUUUUGGUAUCAUCAUCAUUUUGUAACGCCACAUCAUAUAGCGCUCGUCGUUGUAUACUAUUCAGCAUUAUUUAUAACUUUAUUAACUGGCUUAGGUUGGGGACUCAAUUGGGAUACUAUCUUAAAAAAGAAAGCUAAAAAUUCGGACCCUAUACAGUUAACAGUAGAAUCAAAUAAUUCAUUUAAUUCGGCUUAA